AUGGAUUACAAAAAAUCACUCACUUUUAAAUUUAAAUCAGUGAUUACUAGUUCUUUGGGGUCGGCCAUCAUCAUCGAUAGCUUUGGAGCAGAAUAUGAUUUGGAUAAUUCUGCUGAUCUUCUAAAGCUGGACUAUUUCAAAUGCCUUGAAAAGAAGUGUCCCUUGCUGCUGAAGGAGAUGAAUAAGCUCUUGACCGGCCGACAAGCCAAGAAAAACGAGAUAGGGGACGAUGGACCUUCUCUUGAUGUCGUGAAGUGGAUGUUGAAGGCUCUUGAAAUCGGCAUGGACUGCACGAGCAUUGCACCGGAAAAGAGGCCGUCCAUGAAUGAAGUUGUUAGGGCCCUUCAGUCUCUUCAAACUUCAUCUUCAUAG